AGUGCAAGAACAUCCUCACGAUACAACAGUGAGCAAGUCUUUUGAAACCUCCAGUGUUUUGGACUCCAGAUUUAACCAAGGCCACUGCAGUGAAAGAGUGAAUCUAGAGGCUGCUCACCAGGCACUACAAAGAGAUACACUCAGAUGGGAGUGACAGUGGAUCCACAGUUGAAUUAUAAACAUCUCCACGAGGCAUUGUGGGGUUGCGUUAUGCAAUCACCAGCAUACAGAUUAUUCAGUCAAGUGACUUAGUUGGCCAGAGGGAGGCGCGGUGCAGCCGUUCGUCCUUCAUUUGAAUGUAACAAUUAAUGGGGAAGUUUGGCCCUUGUAAAGCAGAGUGGAAAGAGCAGAGAUGCAAAGACGGUCAACAACUAAGCGGAGCAUAACCAAGCAUUUUAGGUAGUCUUGGAGAAGUCGGUGCAUGUGUUCCAACUUCACCACUGAGCUGAGACAAAUCUUUAAUAGACGGAGGGGAUUGCUUGCGGUCUGUAAAGCGCGCUGCACAGUGUGUGACAUAAGAUUUACAGCGCUGCCUGCAUAGGCAUUCUACAAGGUUCGUUGGGAGACUAACACCCCUUCAUCACCACACUGUGCGUAUCCUUCUUGGCGCUCUAAACCAGAUCAUCAGUGGAAGUGCUCCCGAACUGCAGCAGCCCAACUGUGACAUCCUUCCACAAUUCAGAGUGCGCUCAGGCUGGCUGGCUGCUGCACAGGCACCAUGGAGCAGAAAUCACCUAAGGAUGAGAGCACCGCCAAAGGACAAGAGUCUCUGUCCUACCAGCGCAGGAUGUGGAAGAAUUUCCAGGAGAAAACCAAGCCUUGGCUGAGCCCUAAACUGGGAUCGGAGCGUCGGGGUGCCGGGGGCGCGGAGGGCAGCAAAAAGGAAUCGGGGUUAUGGAUGUUUAAGAGGAAAAAGAAACAGUUGGACCGGGUGUUUUCGUCGUCUCAGCCCAAUCUGUGCUGCUCUCCGCCGGCGCCUUUUGAAGGAGAUAAGAAGUCCCAUGGAGGCGACGCGGUCCCCGGCACCAGCAGCGACGGGCAGCCUCCACAUCACCUUGGCGCAGCUUCUGGAGCCACGGGGAGCAAACCCGAGCUGACGGCGCAUGGAAGCCCCAAACUCCCCGUAUCCCAGCUGAUCAUGUACCAGCAGAAGAGCUCCUCUCUCGGGUCGGCGUGUUUCGAGAAACUGGUGGUGGACCCGGCCGCGAUUUUGGGAGAGGAGGAGCAGCUGCGUAAAAACGCAAGUGAUUCUGGCAUCAACAUAGUGGGGCCCAGUAAUGCAGAGCCGCUGCCUCGACCUCCGAGCCCAGCCAUGUACCAGCUGGAUAUCGUCCUGAAGAAAGGGAACAACUUGGCCAUCCGAGAUCGGACAGGGACCAGUGACCCAUAUGUGAAGUUUAAGAUUGCAGGGAAGGAGGUAUUCAGGAGUAAGACCAUCCAUAAAAACCUCAACCCAGUGUGGGAUGAGAGAGUAAGUCUUCUGGUGGAAACCCUGAAGGACCCGCUAUAUGUCAAGGUUUUUGACUAUGACUUCGGACUUCAGGAUGAUUUCAUGGGCUCAGCUUACCUCCACUUGGAGUCACUGGAACAUCAGAGGACACUGGAUGUGACGCUGGACCUGAAGGACCCACAGUACCCUGAACAUAACCUGGGCAGCCUGGAACUAGCUGUCACUCUGUCACCGAAGGAGGGAGAAAUGAAGGAUGCUACCAUGCUUUUGAGAAGGAACUGGAAACGAUCUAGUAAGUAUCAGAGUCUGCGUCUGUCAGAUGUGCACAGAAAAGCCCAGCUGUGGCGAGGUAUAGUCAGCAUUAGUCUUAUAGAAGGUCGCAGCCUCCAGCCAAUGGAUGCCAACGGCCUCAGCGACCCUUACGUCAAAUUCAGGAUGGGGCACCAGAAGUACAAGAGCAAGACAAUUCCCAAAACGCUGAACCCACAGUGGAGAGAGCAGUUUGACUUCCACCUGUAUGAGGAACAGGGAGGCUAUGUGGACAUAACAGUCUGGGACAAAGAUGCUGGCAAGAAGGACGACUUCAUGGGAAGGUGUACCAUUGACCUGUCGCAUCUCAGUAAAGAACACACACACAAGCUGGACCUGGAGCUGGAGGAGGGGGAAGGUGUGCUGGUGCUACUGGUUACACUCACUGCUUCCGCUGCCGUUUCCAUCUCAGACCUGUCGAUCAACAUGCUAGACGACCCGCACGAGAGACACCAGAUCAUGCAGAGAUAUAGCCUGUGGAGGUCAUUCCACAACCUGAAAGAUGUCGGUGUGGUGCAGGUAAAGGUCAUCAGGGCUGAGGGACUGAUGGCAGCAGAUGUCACAGGUAAGAGUGACCCAUUCUGUGUGGUGGAGCUGAGUAACGAUCGGCUGCAGACGCACACAGUCUACAAAAACCUCAACCCAGAGUGGAACAAGGUCUUCACUUUUAACGUGAAGGACAUCCACUCGGUGCUAGAGGUCACUGUUUACGACGAGGACCGAGACAGAAGUGCAGACUUCCUGGGGAAAGUGGCUAUUCCUUUACUAAAUAUCCAAAAUGGAGAACGCAAAGCCUACGCCUUGAAAAGCAAGGAGCUGACAGGGCCAACAAAAGGGGUCAUCUUUCUCGAAAUAGACGUGAUUUUUAAUGCUGUGAAGGCUGGUCUCAGGACGCUGAUUCCCAUUGAGCAGAAGUAUAUCGAGGAGGAGCCCAGAGUGUCCAAGCAGCUGUUGUUGCGCAACUUCAACAGAGUCAGACGCUGCAUCAUGUUCCUGAUCAACACAGGCUGCUACAUCAACAGCUGCUUCGAAUGGGACUCUCCACAGAGGAGCAUCUGUGCUUUUGUACUUUUUGUCAUCGUUGUCUGGAACUUUGAACUCUAUAUGAUUCCUCUGGCUUUGCUACUGCCUUUGGCCUGGAACUAUAUCCUCAUCACAUCGGGGAAGGAUACCAGGCAAGAUGUGCAAGCAGUGGAGGAUCUGCUGGAGGACGAGGAUGAGGAUUUUGACAAAGAUGACAAGGACCCUAAACCAGGCCCCUGGGAGGACAGCCGUGAUAAAAACCAUAUCCUUGAGGAUAUGUUGGCUUCCUGGCACUUUGAGUGGAUACGAGCGAUGGUGGACUCGGAGAGAAAGGGCUUCAUGAACAAGCUUUAUGCCAUUCAGGACGUGUGCAUCAGUGUGCAGAAUGCACUGGAUGAAGUGGCCUCCUAUGGCGAGAGGAUAAAGAACACAUUUAACUGGACUGUGCCUUUCUUAAGCUGGCUGGCCAUUGUGGCUUUCGGAGUGGCCACCAUCAUCAUUUACUUCAUCCCUCUACGAUACAUUGUGCUAGCCUGGGGUGUGAAUAAAUUCACCAAGAAGCUGCGAGACCCUUACACCAUUGAUAACAACGAGCUGCUAGACUUCCUGUCCAGAGUGCCCUCAGAUGUACAAGUGGUGCAGUACCGAGAGCUGAAACUGGAUCCCAAUCCCAGUCCAAAUAAAAGGAAGAAAAACAACCCCGGGUAGAUGACUGUGUCCGCCCACCAACUCUUCUCUUCUCCAUUUUUCUUCUCGUGCUCUAUUACUGGACACUGAGGAGCAGAGGAAGACGGCUCUGGACCUGCUCGCCUCAGUUAUCCUUCCUUUUUUUUUAAUUUCCUUUUUUCUUCUCUUAAACCGUUUUUUCUGUCUUUAAUUGCUCAUGACGUACAGUACAGUUUCCUGAGGUGUAAUUUUUGUAUUAAAAAAAAGGACAAGUACAAGAAAUAUUCUUAUUACCAUUAUGCUUUUGAUUGAUUUUAAAUGCGAGUGGGAAGGAUGGAUGGAAUAACCUUUUUCUGCCGUAUGAGCCGCUCUCCUCCUUUUCUUCUCUCCAUCACUCUGACAGCUCCGAGGACUCUGUCCAUCUGCUUGCCACAAGUGUCACACAAUGAGUAAAACGAGUUUCAGCAUUUAUACACACACCGUCCCAUAAAGACAUUUUCAGUGUGUCCGUAUUUAUGAGAAUACAAGCCUUAUACUAUCAUUCUGCAUUAUCACACUGCAAUAGACUUUUAAGGUUAUUGUUUUUUUUUAGCUCAAAUUGUAGUUAUUAAAUGAUUUUGGUAAUAUGUUCAUAUUUUCUAAUUGUUUUUGUACUGAAGUAUCUUUUGUUUUGUUCUUCUCUUGGAUGUGGUAAUGAUGUUAUGUUCCCUGGCAGUAAUUUGGAUUGUUUCCACUUAACUCAGCCAGCCAAGUUGAUUAGCAAUUAUGGUAGUAGCCUCCAGAUACUAUGUCCUUCUACACAAACACAAACCUGGACCAACAGGCUGAGGGCUUGUGGUGCUAUCUGUGCUUUAAUACAAUGGCCAAAUUUGCUUUUUUUUAAAAAAAAAGAUAUUAAUCCAGAACAUAAAAAAACAAUCAAACCACAGUGGGCAGUGGUAUUAGUUUAAAGUACAGUGAGUCUGUUCCUCUUAAAAUAGAUUGCGAUUACAUAAUCGUCAUUAAAAAAAAAUACCCAGAGGGAAAAAAAGAACAACACUAGAGUUGGCGGCAAACCUGCUCACUUCUAAAUGUCCAGAUAAUUUAGCUGUAGCCUCGUUUAACCCCUUAAAAACAUGUCAAAGUCCACUGUCAGUCAAUCAGUGAGACUCCUUCUCCGUCUGUCAGGAGCAGCAGACUGGGCCUUCUGCCGUCUUGGUGUUAAUAUAGAUGUCACCCAGUCUAUGCAGAGUGUCGCCAGGCAGGCAGGCCUUUAGGCAGCCACAGCCCCUAAUCUUGUUUGAAAGGCUGGUCUCCUUUCCUCUCAUCUCCCCGUGCGUUUGCCUCGGCGGCCACACAAGACAGCAUCCGCACACUCACACACACAAGCAUGCAUGCAGACACCAAAAUAAAAAAAUCAAAAAAGAAAGAAAGAAAACCGUCCUCUCACGUGAAUACACUGCUUCUUUAAGAGAUCUCGCGUACACAUACUGUACCUACUUGCUCACAGAUGAAAGCAUAACAUCCCAUUUGAGCAGGCACAUUCUACUCCCUCUCAGGCACACACACACACACUCACACAAACAUGCUCUCUGUGAUGCUGUGCCCCAGGCUGGCUGCCCUCUCCAUCUGCCCCACCUCCUGUGCCCACAGCUCAACUUUGAUCUGUCUUUUCAGAGACAGAGGCUUGUGUAUGUGAACUGUGCAUGUAAGAGUGUUUGCGUAUACACGUUUAUGCAAUCAAAGACACGUUGCUUUUCUCAGCGUCGGUGUGUGUUACAAUUGUAUCUCCCCUCCAGCUGUAGACUGAUGCGUUAGAUUCAGUCGAUGUGUGUGUCAGCAUGCAAAAGUGUGCGUGUGUGUGUGUGGUGCAGCACAAGUGCCAGCUGUUAUUUGGUGUGGAGUUUGCUGGUGUAGAGGGCCGUCAGCUAGAUGAGCAGCAAGUCACUGUGUGACAAGGCAAGGCUCUGAGGGGACUUUGGCCUGAGAUGUCAGGGAUGGAGGGAUGUGUGUAUGUGUGUGUGUGUGUUUUAUGCUAUUUCAGAUCCCUCUUCCCAUCAUGCUUCUCUGCGUUUGCUCUCUCUGCGGUUCCCUCAUUCGUCAGUGAGCGGGGUUGCGACCCUGUCUGAAGGGACGGUCUCCUGGGCUUCUUGCUGAGCAUCUGUUGAAAGAUCACAGCUCAGGCUACAUUUGAGGAGGUCUCCUCUCAUCCUACUGAUCCCUUCCUCCAUC